AUGAUUAUAGGAACUCUAAACAUAAGAGGGGGUGGUAGCAGUGCUAAAAGAAGAAGAAUCAACAACAUUAUUAGUAGAGGUAAUCCUGAUAUCUUUUUUAUUCAAGAGACUAAGAUGGAGAACAUUUCUGUUUCCUUGGCUAGUAGUUUUUGGAAGAAACCAGGUGUGGAAUUUUCUUUUUUUUCUUCAAUUGGGGCAGCGGGUGGUAUUAUGUCUCUCUGGGAUUCUAACACUGUGAGGGUCCUUUUUAGUUUUGGUGGAAGGGGUUAUUUAGGUCUGAAGGUUGUUUGGAGGGAGAAACAAUAUUAUGCAGUGAAUAUUUAUUCGCCUUCGUCUCUGGCUGAGAAGAGGAUUCUUUGGAAGAUGUUACUGUUCUUGAAAACCAUUUUUCUUGAUGGGGAGUGGGUCUUGGGUGGGGAUUUUAACGCAGUCUGUAAUAGGAGGGAGAGAUUUGGUGAUUCGGUCUUGAAUUCGAGCAAGGAGUGGUCGGAGUUUGAGGAGUUCAUCAGGGAGAGUGAAGUGGAGGAUGUUCCUUGUAAGGGCAAAAAAUAUACGUGGUUCGGAGGUAAUGGGAGAUCGAAGAGUAGGAUUGAUCGUUUUUUGGUGUCUAGCAAUAUUGUUAGAGAUUGGGGGGUGGUGGGCCAAAGAGUGGGGGAUCGUGAUAUUUCAGAUCAUUUCCCGGUGUGGUUAGUUUGUGACAAAUCUAACUGGGGACCUAAGCCUUUCAAAGUUAAUAAGGAGUGGUUUUCGAAUAAAGAUUUCAUUCCUUUCGUGAAAAAAGAAUGGCUCUCUAUUAAAGUGUGUGGUAGGGGUGAUUUUAUUCUUAAGGAGAAAUUGAGAAUUCUUAAAGAAAAGUUGAGAUGGUGGAACGUUAAUAUUUUUGGUAAGUUUGAUUUGGAGGUGAAGGAGAACGUCCGCAUUUUGAACGAAGGAGACACGGAAGUUGGGGAGGAUGAUUUUAUAGAGACUAAUGAGGUGUUGGAUAGGAAGAGAAGGCUUCAAAGGAUAUUUGGUUGA